UCCCCGGCUUUCAAAGAGAGAGGGCGUCUCGCUCGCAUCGCGGUCACCUUACGUAGCGGCAAAGUUUGGUAGCCAAUAUGGUUUCGAAAUAGUAAACUAGUGUUCGUGGUUUCAGUUUGUGUAAUGUGAUUUAUUUUUGGAUUUUAUACAGUGCAAUCAAUGCCUGUGCUCCACGCAAAAGCGGCUAUGUGGUCGCGAAAGCAGUCAGUUUGCAGUGCCGUGAGUGGUGUGUCGAGAGGAGAUGAAGUAGACCUGCCCGGGAAUGGAGUGCAACUCUACCCAUUUGCUAUAGCUCUUAGAGUCAGAGUGUUACAGAUUGUAUGCGGUAUUGGAGGCUUAGUUUUGGGAGCCGUCGGCUGGUUGGAGGAGAGGCAGAAACCAGCUCUGGGGCUUGGAGUCCCUGCUGGUGCUAUUACGGUGUUGGCUGCAGCGACAUCAAUAUACUACAGCCGAGGCUUCGGUGGAUGGGUGUCAGCCCGGUCCAGGUCCACCAGGAAUUGGGGAGCUCCGUGGAGAGCGCUGGGACCUUCGCCCUGCGCUGCCGUUCCUCUCACAAUGCUCUGGACAGCUGCCAUAGGGGCUCAUAUAGCUAUGCUGGCUUUCUGCAUCAGAUCGCUCAUGAAUAUUGGAUGCGGUAGCACGACAUGUAUUGGUGUGGCCAGUGCUCAGCUGACAGUCUCCAUCACAACCCUGUGUGCUGCUGUCUUCAUGCUGCAGCUGGAUCUACGGUUCGAUGCCUCAUUGUCACCCCCACCGAGACAGUCCGAUACACAUAUAUGUACUGCUGUUUCUAUGGUACCUCUAACGUCGGUGGCAAUUAACAGCGGGAACAGUGACGCAGCGGACUCAGGUGGAAGUCCUCUGGGCAAGGAGAAGGAGCCCCCUCCUCUGGAUCCUCCCAUCUGAUGCAGUGAGGCAGCGUGAAUGGAUGGACAAAUGUUCUAAGUGACAGUAGAUAAGACUUUCCUUUCAUACGUGUAUUUGUAAGUCUGUGAGCUUUGAGGAUUGUUUUUAGAAACUGUUGUGAUGUGUUGUUUAUUUCAAUUGUCAAGAAAAUUACAGAAAGCAAGAUUUUAUACAGGUGUACAAUGGUGGUCACAUACGCCUGACCACCACUAAGUUAUUGUUUGCUUACACCUGAUAAGAUCCGCUCUCUAACCCCGCCUUAUGACCUUGAAUUGAAACAUGAAGCGGACUUGAUGUGCAGUUCCGAUGCAGGUGACGCACAACAUCAAACGCACCACUGAUUAAGAGAUUACACGUGUUGAGUCACUAAGCUGCGACGUUAUCGCUUUUUUAUUAAAUGAGACAUUUAUGGGGCAUGGCUUAAUGUUUUUGCUGGGUUUAAGUAAUAAAAAUGAUCAGGCGGAUUUGUCCCCCACUGUACAAUCUUCCAAUUUUAUUCAACACACAAUAAAUAUGAAUAUGGCCUACUUAGGUGCUACAAUUACACAGUACGCACAUGGCUACUUAUAAUUAUAUAAAGUGAUGCUUAUUGUGUGACAGAUCUUUACGUUUCUGCUUCCAUUAUAAUCGGAAUAUCGUCGUUUGAAUAUUAAAACCGAUAGAAAGUAAUUGUUCCGAUUGAAAAAUUCUCGAUACAUUUCCAAUUCGACGUUUUAGACGAGUUUCCCUCAGUCGGACGGAAGUUUUUAAUUAGAUUUACCCUUUUUCUUUCUUUCAGCGAUAACUUUGUUGUACGUAGUCCAAAACUGGGCAUUUUUUCAUGGAAAGCAUUUUAACAAUUCCAUUUAGUUGUUUAUUUAGCAAAUAAUACAAAGGAAUCUUCAGAUUUUUUGUAAAAGCUUUAACUCUUUGAACAUUUUUUGCUUCAGACUUCAAGGUUCUGUUGUUUUCAUCAACGCCUUUUUUGUUAAAGUUUGCCCUCUAUUUUCAUCAAAUAGCUCGCCCAUUUACCCUUCUUACAUUAAAUGCUGGUAGGUAAUAAUCCAUUUCUAUUCAUAGACUUGGCAAAUUGCCAUACGAAAAUUGAUUCACGGUUAAAUUUCCAAAUUGAAAAUAUCCACACUGGAUAUAUUACAUCGGAUCCUUGUGUUUAAAAUCAACAUUGUUAAUUAAACCUUUCAUCAGUUCAGUCAACAUUUUGGCUUCUACUUUAGAUAUUGUGUUCCCAAAAUUUACUGGAAGAUAUUUAUAGCCUAUAACGAGAAUGGGUGAAGGCAGAUUUAUAGGCACUUUUGGUUCAUGAACGAAUGUCUUAUUUUUAGUGUCUACAAAUCUGUCCUUUAUUCUAUGUAUAGUUCUUUUAUGUGUUUGGUCGUUUAUGUAGUAGACUUUAUCUGUGAUAGAUAUAAACAUUUCGUCAUAAUCAUUCGAAUUACACUAACAAGAUUUAUCCUUGCUUGGGUUAAUGUAGGCACCUCUUGCUAUAACAAGUUAAUUUGGUAACCAUGCGGUUGGCUGGUAGAGAAUGCCAUUCGACAUUAAGCCCGCCUGUGUUUGUUUUGCACAUAAAGUGUUAAAUCUUCUUUAUAUAUAUAAUUCUUCUGUAAGUGUUUAUGUCACUGAACUUCUCUUAAACGACUGGACCGAUUUUGAUAAAUUUUUUUGUGUGUGUUCAAGAGGAUCUGAGAAGGGUUUAGAUUCACAAUUUUGUUCGCUGGACAAUGUUUUUUUAAUAUUUUUUAAAUGUAUAAGUAGUUGUUGAUUUUGGAAUGUUUCACAUUGGAUCCGACUAAUUAAAGACGUGUAGACAGGACAACGUCUGUCGGGUCCGCUAGUAAAUAAAUAAUUUGUAACUUACUCUAUACUUUUCUGUCCUCUUGUAGUUUAUUUUAUAGUAUAUGCAGUCUCUUAACCAAUUUUUUUAUUCCAUAAGAUUUUAUUCCAUAACAAGUUAAGUAGAAUUGUUCUAUUGCCCUUGUUCUAUUACAUUUCACCUCUACCAAGCCCUCUAUGACAAAUUGUUUGUACGUUAUAAUUUUAGUAAAAAGCUUAUGCAAAUCAUAGUCCAAGUACUAAAUAUCAUGGGAGUUCAUGGUUUUAUGAUACAUUCGUGUUUCAUUAACCGUUCAUUCAAUGGCUUUGCCUUCUAUUUCUAGGUUAAUUUCAUUUGGCUAAGUGCUAAGGGCUUUGUGUGGUUUUUAUUGCGCAUAUAAUUGAACCAGUAUAUCAGAGGUGUGGUUCACUUCUUUUUUAACUAAAUGUAAUUCUCUAGCUACCGUCCCGUUGACUUAAGUAUUGUAGAUGUUCGUGGCAGCCAUUUUGUUAUACCCGUGCGUACGGCGCGUAGCGUUCCGCGCGCGCCUCAAAGAGCCAUCAGACCACCACAGAUGGGGCCCAGUAGGGCUGAUGCCUAAUCCGGAGCUGCGGACUACCUAGCGGGUUUACCGGGGCUCCGGCUCGAAAAGCAGGAGAAGGAACGGGGUGGUUUUUAGUCAGUAAGAGUCUGACACUCCCUCUCGCCUCGCCCAAGGUGGGAGAAGUCAUUGGAUGAUACUCCCCCUGAAAAAAAAAAAAAAAAAAACCAUUUUGUUAUGAAUGUCCAUUGUAUUUUACAAUAUCUGUGCUGUUAGGAUAAUUUUAAUUAUGAUUUAAAUUGUUGAUACAACUGCGUCCACUGAUCCGCAUCAUCAGCAAAGCCUACAUGCAACCCGUACUGAUGACGUCAUAUGGAAUGCGUACGAUGCGUACGAUGCGGGCCUGUGGACGCUUACCUUUAAAAACGUUCUAGUUUCAGCAUACAUAAAGCAGCCUAAACAAAAACAAAAGAGUGUCAUCUCUCCAGCGUUCUUUAAUCCGACACUAACAAGACAGUUUGUAAGAAGUUCAAGUAAAAAUGACACUUAAAGUGCUUGAAAUAAGUUUGUAAAUUCAGAUUCUAUGCUUUUAUACAUCGUGUUUUGUAAUCCUACUUUUUGGUUUCCAAAUGGAUAAACGAAUUUUGUAGCACUAAAAAUGCUUUUUUUUAAUAUUUUGCAAUCUAACAAACAAAAUUCGAAAUUCGAAAUGUUAAAAAAUCUAAAGCUGAAUGUUACCUGAACCGACCAGUACCCUUACUAUGAGUUUAUUUUAUUUUUAAACGAAAGCGCGUUUUGGUUUAUACGAGCCGGCCAAUCAGUGCUCCGAAUGCGCUUUAGUUUCGAUUACUCUAAACAUAAAGCAAACUCAUACUAAAGGUAAUGUUUUGCACUAGUUUUAACACAGCUAAAUUCUAUAAGUACAAAAAUGGUCUUACGAUUUUAUUGUUUUAUAGCCGUUGCGUUUUCAUGAAUAUGAUGUAACAAACAUUCUUAACAAUUAUGCUUGUUUAUAGGAUGAAAUGCAUUGUGCCACGUAAAAUUUUGUACAUUAUUGUAACUAAGUAAAUUAAUUUAUCUGUGUAAAUAUAAUAAAUUAAGCGUCAAGCAACCUAUGUAUGUAAUUAUGUAACCUACUUAUUUUAUUUUUAUGUUUAUUUUGAGUAUUUUAA